AGGAUAAGAUUUCUAGAACUGAUGCCUGAAAGGCAGUAGGAGUAUGUGGGGGGAGGGGGCAGGACGUAUUGAGAGGGUAGAAGAUGGUGCUGGCAAAGAGAGGUGCAGGAGCGGCCAGGAAGCUUCUUAGGUGAUUGAGGGGGUUGUACCCCCCCUCCCCUUUCCGGGAAAUAGCUACAAAUGAGUCUGUGGUCACUGAAAGACUUCUGCUAAUGGAUCUUUGGGCUGCCCUAAAAGCCGCAGAGAGAAAGGGGGUGGGGGGAAGGCGUCAAUUGGAUUUGUUGUGGGAUGGGUGAGGAGAGGAGUAAGAGUCCAGUAGAGGCAACUAGAGGGAUAAGAGAAAUAGGAGGGGACUUAGAGGAAGAGAGAUAGCUUAGCUUCCUAGCUAUAGGAAGAGGUUAGUUAAGUGCUGUGACUUAAAAGGAACUGGGGCCUAUAGGCUCAGAGGAUGGACUAGAUCAGGAUGAGGAUCCAGGAAAUGACUGGUGUGGGGUUGGAGAGUGAUUUAAAUCAGAACCCUGGGGGAGGGGAGGAGUGAUUUGCUGAGUCUGUUAUUGUAGUGAGAGCAAAGAUACAGGUGAUUACUGGACCAGGCCCUACCUUCUGUAUUUCUUGGGGGAGGUAGAAACAAGGAGUAUUGAUGCCACUAGUUUAAGUGAUUGGAAUCCUACAGGAUUCCUCAUCUGUGUGGGAGGAUUGGAGUUGUAAGUGGCUUUCUCAUAUCCCAUUCCUCAUCCCUUAGCUGAAACUGGUAGAUCAGGAGAGGGGCUUUCCUUUUCCACUCAGCACCACCUCCCCCUUCUUAUAGGCCAUCAAUUAUUCAGCAGCAUAGAUGACUGAACGGCUCUGCCUCUUUCCCAGCUCCGCCCCGUGUUCCCUCCCUCUUCUCUCGCUACACUCCAUACUAAAGGCUCAGGCACAGACCGCUGGACUGCUCUGGGGCUCGGCUGGCUGGCAUUGCCUGCUAGCCCAGGCCUGGGCACCUCACCGCCUUCUCUUCUUGCUCCUCCCCUUUCCUCCUUCCAUCCUUUCAGUCCCAGGGACAUCAUCCCAUCGUCUCCCUCCCUUGAUCUCCCAAAGAUGCCCAUCCAGAUUUUCUGCUCUCUGUCCUUCUCCUCGGGUGAGGACCCGGGGGCUGUAAGGGACAGCUGGGGCCCCAGACAACAGCAGCAAGGGGAGUCUGAAUCUGAGUCAGAAGAGGAGGAAGAGGAAGAAAAAGAGGCAAAGGAAGAAGAAGGCUUAGCUACGGACUUGGUGGCCUUUGCCAAUAGCUGUACCCUCCAUGGUGCCAGCCAUGUUUUUGUGUCAGGAGGCUUAGGGCCACGCCAGGCAUUAUGGGCUGUGGCCUUUGCCCUGGCCCUGGGCACUUUUUUGUACCAGGUGGGGGAUCGGGUGACCUAUUACCGAAGCUACCCACAUGUGACCCUGCUAGAUGAGGUAUCCACUUCUGAGCUGGCCUUUCCGGCUGUUACCUUUUGCAACACCAAUGCUGUGCGGCUGUCCCAACUCAGCUAUCCUGACCUGCUCUACCUGGCCCCCCUGCUCGGGUUGGAGGAUGGGGAAGACCCUGGUGUGCCCCUGGCUCCGCCAGGUCCUGAUGCCUUCUCUGGGGAGCCCUUCAACUUGCACCGUUUCUAUAAUCGCUCCUGCCACCGGCUGGAGGACAUGCUGCUCUACUGUUCCUAUCGCGGGGGCCCCUGUGGCCCCCACGACUUCUCUGUGGUCUUUACGCGCUAUGGAAAAUGCUACACAUUCAACGCAGGACAGGAUGGGCGGCCACUGCUCAAGACUAUGAAGGGUGGGACAGGCAACGGGCUAGAGAUAAUGCUGGACAUUCAACAGGAUGAGUACCUGCCAGUCUGGGGAGAGACGGAUGAAACCUCCUUUGAAGCUGGGAUCAAGGUGCAGAUCCACAGUCAGGAUGAACCUCCUUUCAUUGACCAGUUAGGCUUCGGUGUGGCUCCUGGGUUCCAGACCUUUGUGGCUUGCCAGGAGCAACGGCUCAUCUAUCUGCCUCCACCCUGGGGUACUUGUAAAGCUGUUACCAUGGACUCAGAUUUCUUCGACUCAUACAGCAUCACAGCCUGUCGAAUUGACUGUGAAACACGUUAUCUAGUGGAGAACUGCAACUGCCGUAUGGUGCACAUGCCAGGUGAUGCCCCAUACUGCACACCUGAGCAAUAUAAGGAGUGUGCAGAUCCUGCCCUGGAUUUCCUGGUGGAAAAGGACCAGGAUUAUUGUGUAUGUGAAAUGCCCUGUAACCUGACUCGCUAUGGGAAGGAGCUGUCCAUGGUCAAGAUUCCCAGCAAAGCCUCAGCCAAGUAUCUGGCCAAAAAGUUCAACAAAUCGGAGCAGUACAUUGGAGAGAACAUCUUGGUGCUGGACAUCUUUUUUGAAGUCUUGAACUAUGAGACCAUUGAACAAAAAAAAGCCUAUGAGAUUGCAGGACUCCUGGGUGACAUUGGGGGUCAGAUGGGAUUGUUCAUUGGCGCAAGCAUCCUGACUGUUCUGGAGCUCUUCGACUAUGCUUAUGAGGUGAUUAAGCACAAGCUGUGCCGUCGGGGCAGGUGCCAGAAGGAGUCUAAAAGGAACAGUGCAGACAAGGGUGUAGCCCUCAGCCUGGAUGAUGUCAAGCGACAUAAUCCCUGCGAGAGCCUCCGGGGCCAUCCUGCUGGGAUGACAUAUGCCGCCAACAUCCUACCUCACCAUCCGACCCGAGGCACCUUUGAGGACUUUACCUGCUGAGCCCUGCCAGCCAUCAUACCAAAGGCCUGGGAGGGAAGAGGAGGGCAAGGAAAACCUAGGGGAUCAAGCUGCUCACCUGCCCUGGGGCUUACCACAGCCCCUCCAACUCCAAGGGCAGCUCCCAACUCUCUUCAAAGUCUUUCCCUCCUAGAACUGGUGGAAGGGGGUCCUGAGUCCGGUGCCCUUCUCUACUCCCUUGCCCUCCAUACCCAUACAUUUUUAACAAAACAAAUAACAACAGAAAUAAACUAAAAAGAGAAAGGGCAAGGGAUCUCAGGCUGUCCCUGUAUGCCCUAUGCUGCCUCCCCCUGCUCCUAGCCUGACCUAUGUCUGUUCAAAUAUCCAUCCUCAUCCUGCUUCCACCAUUCACUGAAGCACUCUCCCAGCAGAGAGGACAUGAGUAGAAAGACUCCUUAUGGGUCUUGAACUGGGCCCCAGACAGAGAAUGUACCUUAGGAGGGAGGGCUAAUGGGGGAGGAGGGCUUCCCUAGCCUUAAGAGACCCUUUCAGUACAGUGUCCCCCCCCUCCAAUUGUAAAUCACAAGGGCAGGAACUGAGGCCCCUGGCCCUCCCUCCCUUACACUUAUUGGGUGCCCCUCAGAGGUCAAGGAAUGGAUGGUAUUCCCCGAGGGACUUGGGACAGGACAAGGCACAGGUUUCAUGCCAACAUGCCCUGGUCCUACCCCAAAAUCAAAAAAAUUUUGAAUGGGAUCCCUCAUCUUCAUCCCAUGAAAAAAGAUGUAGGCACUUGAUUCCCAACUCAGGGAGAGGGGAACUGGUACCUAUUUCUCUCCUAAUUCCCAGUUCCUCCCUCCAGGGGUCCCUUGCAUGGGACCACAUCCAUAAAUUUUCUUAUGGAACUUCCCCAAGUCUUUGUCCUCUAUUCCAUUUGUUUCUUUCUAUGACUUCAUCUGCAUUUUCUAUUUCUAUAUGAUACAGACUCUAUAUUGCUAUAACUCUGUAUAUACUCCCUUCCUUAAGCCCCUGUCUGUCUCUGCCCAUCCCCAUCCCCUGUGUCUCUAAGUCCCAUCCCUACUUCCUCCCAAAUCUCCUUCUGUGUCUCUCUCUCUGACCACCCUACUACCAAGCCCUCUGAAUGCCUUCACCUGUAUAAAGUGUUGGACUCUCUCCUCCGGUGUCUGUACUGUGUACACACAUCCCCCUGAGAAGCACAAGGAGACGACGUACGCAUUGUAACUCUCUCACUGUCUUGGACAUAAAGGAAGCUGUGAAUCACAAGCUCUGCCUCUUUCUGGCCUGCCCCCCUCCACCCAACCUCCCUAUGCUUGGAGCACUCUCUGCCCUCCCUGUCUCCUUAAGGCCUCUUCCUUCCUUCCUUUCCCAUCAGUCCCAUUAUCCCUCUUCUGGCUGGGACUUUCCUCCUGCGGGAAGGGAUGGGCACAGAGAAUUGGCACCUGGCUCAGAGGAUGGAUAUUCCCUCUUGGCCCCAAGCCAAGGAGAGUUAUAGAUGAUGGAGUCCCUGGAGCAUGGCAAUGAGGUGGGAAACAACUCAUAGCUUCUAAGGGUAGCCACUGAGAAAUAUAGAGGUGGCUAGGAGAUAGUGUCUAAGGCCCUUAUCCCCAAGGCUAUGUUGGCUAGGGUCAAAUUCUCCCCACUACUGACUACCCAUUCUAUCUUUCCUUAGCUGGGGUCCAAGCCUAUACCUCCAUUGCUCAGAUUUUAGGGGCAAGGCUAGAUUUGGUAAUGAGAUAGGACUAGAGGAAGAGUUGGGAGCUCAUGCUGUUACACCAUCUCCCCAUCCUCCCCCUGAGAUAGGGUGAAAAUAGGGGUUUGCUCCUUCUAUUCAUCUUUCUUAGACUAUCUCAGAUGGUCCAGAAACAUCCGUUCCAUCCUAAAGCCCUCUUGCUUUAGAGCUCCCUAGGGGAAGGCUACAGCCUCUGAUGAUGAGGAUGAGGCCUCUGACAUAAUUCCAGGAAGUACUCGUUCUCCCCUCUCCAUCCCAUUCUUUGGGGGAAUGGUAGGGAUUGGGGAGGAAGAUGUUGGGAGUUCACCAAUACUUGGUUGUCACUUGGACAGAGAGCAGACCCCCCUUUAGAGAAAAAGGAGGAAGUAUGUUCUAAGCAGCAGUGGUGGCAGCAAUCGGGAUUGUGGGUGAGACACUCCUCUGGUCUAAUAA